GUGGCCUUCCAAGCGUCACUAUACGAGCAGGAUCCGCUGCAUUCGGGUCUAAUGCCGAGGAGCUGCAUGAAUCUUUUGCGUUCGUUGUUAUCAUGGAAUCCCAGAGAUCGUCCUACGGCUCGACAGGCUCUUAAGAGCGCAUGCUUUUCCGAACCG